UCUCUGAAAAGGGAGAAUCUAAAAAAAAAAGAAUAAUAAUCUGAUCUUUCUUUUGAUAAUCUGUGGUUCACGUGGUUGAUGAAAACAAGCUGACUUGUGUGUGGGUGAUUUAUCUUUUUAAAAUAAUUUCUAUAAUAUCUGAUGUGUUUAAUCCUCAGAAAUUUAGAAUGAAGAUACAAUAGGUACGUGAUUUUAUAACGUCAUAACUUCUAAACUCCAAAAUAAAUUUGAAAAAUGGAACAUACCGCAAGCCCUCGAAAAAAAAUCAAGAGUCCUGCUCAAGAUGCAGCGCCCAUCAACCCUAAACUAUCCAUUACAUGUUCUAACGUUCCCGAUGGAUUGUUUGAUGCAACUGCUGCAAAGAAACACUUUAGUAAGUUUGGCCGUCUUCAGCGAAUCCGGCUGUUUCCUAAGAGGCAAAUGUGCAUUAUUGAAUAUGAUCAACCAACUGCUGUAGAGAGAGCAGUUCUCAAUGCAGGUGCCUUUGAUGGCUUCAUGUUUGAUGUAACUAGAUCAAAAGCUAGAAUGAGAAGGCCGAGUAAGAAGGAUGAUGAUCCUGACUGGGUCCCUGAUGCUGAUGUCGAAGAGGAACUGUCAGCAAUGAGUGGUGCACCUUCAUAUACUAUUACUCGACAAUCAAAAAUGAGUCAGGGUGAAGUGAAGAAGCAGAAAGCAGUACAAAGAUCUGUUAAAGCAAUCAGUUCACCAAUAAUGAAGAAGAAAAUAAAAGUUGCAUACCAUCCUAGCAUCACACAACCCAGCAAUCAGGAUACCAACAUGGAAUCUCAGGUUCCAGUUCCUACUAUACCAACAAGCCUUAGUAAUGCAGACGCUGCAGCAGAGUUACACCAACUGAGGUUGAGGGUAUCAUUAACACCUGAUGAGCAAUGGCGGACACUGGAGGCGAGAGAUAAGAUUUUAAGAGGCUGGGGAGGGGCAGGAUCUCGUGUUAAAGUAGGAGGAGCCACCAUAGGAACCUGUCAAGACAUGUGUCCAGAAAAGGAACUGUUACACAGACAGGCAGAGCAUCAGGUGAUGAACCUAGAAACGUUGCCUGAGCACGAAGGCCAACUUGAACGUUGGCGCGCGGUGAAGCAGUACAGCCGCAGCUCGGCCGACCAAGAGAUACCCAUGUGCUACGAGCUGCGGCCCGCGCCCGUCCUGAUGCGGACCUGCGCCUACUUGCUGCACGAGAUCGCCGACACCACCAGACAGGUGUCAUUGGCUGAUUGGUUUCAUUUUAUGUGGGAUCGUCUUAGAAGUAUACGGAAAGAUAUUACACAGCAGGCUCUGUGCUGUGCAGAAUCCAUUCGCCUUGUAGAAAUGUGCGCUCGAUUUCAUGCACAUUGCGCUGCGAGACUCGCAGACCUAGAACAUACACAAUUCGACCAGAAGUUGAACACUGACAACCUCACAAAGUGUCUGCAAACCUUGAAGCAUAUGUACGCAGACGUCACACCAGAACAGAAACCGAACGAGGCAGAAUUCAGAGGCUACAUAGCUCUGUUGAACUUGGGCGAUGCAAACUUCUGGUGGGAGAUCAAACAACUACCUCGGGAACUUCAGAAGUCGGAACCGUUAGUGUUUGCCACGCAGAUAUUUAACGCUAUAGACAACAAUAACUAUGUCAGAUUCUUCAGACUCGUUCAACACAAGGCUUCCUAUCUGCAAGCGUGCAUUCUAUUGCGAUAUUUUAACGACGUUCGUGCAAGGGCUCUCGCUAGGAUCGUGAAGGCCUACGCCCCUAGAGGCGGCUCGAGAUUCCCCGCCGAAGAUUUGAUGGACGCUCUUGCUUUUGAAUCGAUUGAAAAUAUGAACUGUUUCAUCAAUCACUAUGGCCUAAGGUUUGCCAAAACGGAUGAUGCUGAACUAACAAUCAUCCUUGACAGAAAUCAAUUUAUAGAAGAUAGCGAUCCAUAUCCUAUUGCGAGAGCUAUAUCACUUAUUGAAUCUAAACGAAGAAGCACCGUUGGCGAAGUAAUCGCAGGUGGUCCUUUGCCGAAUCCCGACUUUAGGAAUCACGUCUUGUAUACUAGUUUUAAUAAAGAUGGCAGAUUGAAAGAAUCUGCUUUGCUUGCUGAGGACCAAGGUUAUGAUACAAAAAAUGAUAGCUACAAAGAUGUUCAAGCAUUGAGAGCGGAAAUAAAUAAACUUGUACAAGGUGAAAAAGAUUCUAUUACACCAAAUAAAUUGGAGCAAAAGACAAACCUAUUUGUAAAACCAGAAUUGAAGACCUUGAGUCCUAGUGAGCCACCUAAUACAUUUGCAAUGUCUAUGAGUGAACAUAAGCAAUUUUCUUUCAAACCAGCUAUACCAGUCGCAUCUACAGAAAUAAUAAAAAAUUCGCCUGAGAGAAUAUUCGGUAGUGAUUGCAAAAAUGUAUUUUCGUUUUCAAAGCCUCAAGAGACUUUACGUUCUGGUGUGUUCCCCAUGAAGAAUACUGGAAUAUUAUUUAAAAGUCCUAGUGAGCAAGCAGUAUUUGAUACAAAAGUGGACAGCAAAAACAUUUUCAGCAAAAAUGAUGAAAAUAAGGAUCCAUUUAAGACUGGCCAAACUUUAUUUAGUAAACCUGAGGGGACAAGCGUAUUUAAACAAAAUACCAUUGGGAAAGUUGAAAACACCAAUUUAUUUAAAUCUCCAGAUUUUGGUAAAUCUGACACCCUAAAUAUAUUUAAACAGCAAGAGCCGCAAAAAUCGGAAGGUACGAAUAUAUUCAAGCAGCAAGAGAUUGCGAAGAACGUUUUUUCUUCAUUUGAAACUCAAAAUAAAGCUAGUGACAACAUUUUUGCACAUGCAAAAGAUAAUAUUACUUUUGCUAAACCUGAUAGUACUGUGAAAUCUAGUAGUACUAAUAAUAUUUUUGGUAGACCUACACUUGAAUCUGAGAUAGCAUCAUCUAAUAUAUUUGGCGUAUUCAAUAAACAACCAGAGAAUAGACAACAAGAUAUUUUUUCACAAAAACCUACUGCUGGCUUAGUAGGAAAUUCCAUAUUUGCUCCUCCGAAUGGAGAGGUCGCUAACAAUAAAUUGUCACCUGGAAGUUUAUUCAAAAAUGCUGUGAUACCACAGAAUGGCCCUGACAGUAUGCCUUAUUCAAUAUUUCAACGCAAAAACAGAGGUCAGUCAGUAGCUGAUAAUAUAUUUAAUUCGGUUGGCGACAGGGGGUCUGUGUACGACUUUAAUGCAAGCGAAGAAGAUACAAAGAAUAUUGUUGAACAACGUUACAACGAUGAGAAAGUCAAACAAGAACAGAUAAAGUUACAAGAACAAAUUAAAAGAGAAGAAGAAGAGAGAAAAAAAGCCAUGAUUCGGCAAGAGGAAGAACGGCGUAUAUUAGAAAUACUUAAAAGAGAAGAAGAAGAAAAGAAACGGAAAGAAGAAGAACGUCGUAAGGAAGAAGAGCUAAAGCAAAUAGAAGAAAAGCGUAAACGCGAAGAAGAAAGAAAACAAGAGGAGUUAAGAAAGAAAAUAGAAGAAGAUAAGAAAGCUGAACUAAAAAGAAAGGCCGAAGAAGCAGAAAGAAAAUUUAAGGAAAGGGUUGGUAGAGAAACCACAGAAUUACUCGAAGAAUUAGUUAAUGAGUUGUGCACUGAAAAUGUUUCAAAAACUAUGGAAGAAGAGUUAGAAAAGUUUAAUAAUUUGAUGUCAUAUGCUAAUUCAUUAACAGAAGAGAUAAUAACAGAAUUUAAUAAUGAAACAUGCCAACUAGAACUAAAAGCUGAACAAUUUUGGGGUCAGAAACUUAGGAAGAAAUGGUUCAAAGUCUGGAAAGAUCAAUUGAUCAAAAAUAUUAAGAGGAGAGAUCUACUGGAAAACACACCUGUGUGGUUGACCUCAAGAACUCCUCUGGAGGAGGCUCAACACUUAAGACGUAUGGUUGAAAAUGCUGCGUUAAAAAAUAUGAAUGCAAUACAUAGGGGUUAUAAAUUUAACGGCGAAUUGAAACUUCCUUCUAUGCCUGAACCAUACAAUUUAAUGGAAAUAAUAAGAUCAUCUCUGUUAAAACGUAUGAAACAAAUCAACUACCCUUAUGAUAAAUGUUUCUUUUGGAAAAUCUCCCUGGUUUCUCCUGGCACCAUGAAAUGGCUAUACAGAAAAGUUAAUAUUGAGAAAUGGUUAUUAGAUGUUUUUAGUGACAGCAAAAAACAUGAUGCUUCUGACAGCCUGAUACAUGUUAGUAAACAGUCAUGGAACAGAUUGAUGGACUUUGCGAUAUCGGUCAGUUUGACUGACAAGGAUAAAAUUAACAAAUGUGGGGAGGCUAUCGAAGGAACAAAUGGUCUAUUGAUGUACUCCACUGAACAUGAUAACAAUCUAACAACAACUUUAGAAUCGCUUGUCAAGUUAAAGUAUUCAUACCAAAUUUUACCAGUAGCAAUAAUUGCGCCAAAAUCUGAAGAUUUAUCCACCUAUAAUAUUUUAGAAUCCCUACUUUCUAAUUUGGUAAACAAUAAUGCAAUAUCAGCAUAUAAAAUAUAUAUAGUGGAACCUGAUAAUAUUUUUGAAUCAUUAAAUCUCGCUACAAAAACAGCUUUAAAGUGGUUAGCUAAAAAGUUUCCCCAAAAUCCACCAACUGAAAUAGAUUUGUUGAAAUCUAUUUGCCAAAGGUAUCUUGGUAAUGAAAUAUGGUGUAGAUUUAAAUCAGAAAGGGAUAGUCGUAUGAGUGCGGUUCUUAAAGAUUUGCCGAAAUUAGUUGAUUGCUAUAAUAAUGCUGUUGAAAAGCUAACUGAUGUGAUCACAAAUGAGGAUUUAUUUAAUUAUCCCUCUUUUCCAUUAGAAUUUAAAGUGUAUCUCGAUAACGAGUCUCCCUAUCCUAAACCAUAUGAAUUUAUACCAUGCAAUGUCAAGACGUCUGAAAAUGUGUCUGCUAUUAAGGACAUCAUGAAACAAUUAAAAUUACCGUGCCCUGUAACAAAUUUUAAUCCUAUCAAUGUUACCGGUAUGCAGCAAGAGAUCCGCAAAUACUGCUACCAGAUUGGUUGGUUUGAAAAUCCUGAAGAGGUUACUUGUAGAGUUGUUGCAUUAUUACCCAAUGAGUUUUCGGAUUUAGACAUGCCUAGUGAUCAAUUUAGUCAAUAUUUUGCCCGUUAUGAUCUUAUAGACAUUUUAAAUAUAAUAGUUUACGAAAAGAUUAGUAGAUUAAAUAACUUUGACAACAGAUAUGCCAUUUAUGAGAAAUCAGUUUUGGAAGAUUACAGAAAUAUAGAUUGGUUGUAUAAUACUAAUGUUCUAUCCAAAAUUAAGCAUAAAGCUAUCGAAAACGGUGAUGAUGAAUUGGAUUUUUUUAUUGAAGCUAAAAGACGCAAAAUUGCGAUGGAUUCAAUUGAAUAUUUAAUGAUAGAAGAUAAGGAUAGUACUAUGGUUGAAGAAAAUAUUAAAGCUACUGAUGAUAGCAUAUCCAGAUAUAAUAGUUGUUCCGAGGCUGUUAAACAGCUCGAAGAGCAAAUAGAAAACGAAAAACAGAAAUCUUUAGAGCUAGAAAACUUGUUGAAACUUGCACUGCUGCUGUGCUUCUUGAAUAAACUUAGUUUUCAAUGCAGAAUUUGCGGAAAAUUAGAUAUCCGAAAUACAAUGGAAUUAAAAUUCGAUCUGGCUCCUCUACACUAUCAGCGAUUACAGACGAGUAGGCCUGAAGACAAUCGUAUAAAGGCAUGCUCGGCUUUGCUUUACUCUCGGCUCAUCGUCUAUGAUCGCCUGCGCGGGCAUGUAUCAAAGGGUGGUUGUGUUGAUGGCCCCCACGUUCUCUGA